GCUGAUUCCGCUUUGUUUGGGUCUUCCUUGUUUUUAGCGGAUCGCGGGGAGGGACACUUUUUCAUCUUCUUUUUCUUCAUCUUUUCACUUUUUUGGCCCAUUUUUCGAGAGUUUCUCAACUGCAGUUUUCAUUGCUGCAUUCUUUCGGCCCUCCCACCCCGAUCAUGCGAAUGCGAACGGUCGGCCCCGCUCGCCCCAACCCCGCGCCAUGAGCUCCUCCCUCGAGGCCAAGAUAGUCGUGCUGGGCGCACAAGGCGUCGGCAAAACCUCCCUCGUCCAGCGCUACGUCCGCAACGCCUUCAACCCAGCCACCACCACCUCCACCGUCGGCGCGUCCUUCGUCACCAAGCGCGUCCUCGACACAACCUCCGACACCACCGUCCGCCUCCAAAUCUGGGACACAGCCGGGCAGGAGCGUUUCCGCUCGAUAUCACGGCUCUACUACCGCGGCGCACACGCCUGCCUCCUCUGCUAUGACAUCACCGACGAAAACAGUUUCCAGGAGAUGGCCGGCUGGCUGCGCGAGCUGAGGCGGAAUAUCGGCGGCGGAGGAGGAGGAGCAGGCGAGGGCGAUACCGACCCGCUCGUGAUUCACGUCGUCGGCACAAAGAGCGAUAUCGUCGCCGUGGACCCGGCUAAGAGGCGUGUUCCAUUUGAGCGAACGAUCGCGUAUGUCGCCGAGCAGUUGUAUCCGAGUCGAGCUUCGACGCCGCCGCCUACGGCUGGGAUGGGCGGUAUGAGCAUGGGACUGGGCUUUGGAUCUGCUAUGUUUGGGGGCAGUGGUGGGACCGGGACGAGUGCGUCUGGUGCUAGUCCCGGUGUGUUACAGAGCCCUGAUAGUAAGCGCAGUUCAGCGUUCUGGGGCCAGGAGAUUGGGUGGGAUUGUUGUCAUGAGAUUAGUGCCAAGGAUGGAGAGGGCAUUGAUGAGGUUUUUCGGGUGAUUACUCGGAAGUUGGUUGAGCAGCGGAAUCGGCGUGAUGCUGAGUUGGCGUUGUCGGCUGUUGGGACCCCCGGGAUUGAUGUGCCUAUCGGUCCGUUUACGCCGGGUGGUGUUGAUGGGACUGGGAGUUUUAGGUUGGGGUAUGGUGAUAAGAGACGCAGUUGGUUGGGAUUGGCGACGCCGACUGUGGGGGAGGCUGAGGAGGUUCAGGUGAUGAAUACUGCGCAGAAACGUGGACGGUGUUGUUGAUUUUUUUAUUGUUUCGUCUGACUUUGGUCUUGGUUGUGUUUUGAUCAUAUUUUUGCGAUGAUAUCUCCGGAGGUGGGCUGCAUUUAAAGAUUGGCGUUGUUUGUUUAGCGCUGGAUCUAUCGGUCUAAUGAUUUCUUCAUCUCGAGUUGUUAUGCUUUGCUUGAGUAUUAGUCUUCAAUUCAAGUUCAUCCUAAUAAAUUUUCUUUUUACUCCGA